UAUAAAUGAUAGGCCUAUUCAUGGGUCUUGGAGACAGAGAGGAAGAGAGACAGCUGGCUUAAGAGGAUAACCCUGAGGAAUUUUCUCUUGAUCUCUGUUCCACUCUCCGAGCGAAGAAAAUGUCUUGCUGCGGAGGGAACUGUGGGUGCGGCGCUGACUGCAAGUGUGGCAGCGCAUGCGUAGGAAUAUGCAAGACGGACCCUGACAUCGCUGAGCAAAGGAGCACCACCACUCAAACCAUGAUCAUGGGGGUUGCACCCCAGAAGGGGCACUCUGAAGGGUUCGAGGUGACUGCUGGAUCCGAGAAGGGUGCCUGCAAGUGUGGAGCCAACUGCACCUGCGAUCCCUGCAACUGCGAACGAGACACAGAAGCCUCACAAGAGAAAGCGAGAGAGAUAGGAAGGGAAUGAAUACUGCUGUUGUUUCUAGUUCUAUGUGGUGAGUGCAGUUUGUGUCUGGAGUUAGAAUAGUGUCUUAGUGCUAAAAAUAAGCGGCCAUGGCUCCGACUAAUCCUCCUCUGGUGGAGUUGUUGCUGCCAUGGCCGAGAACGAAGAGACCUCUCUCUUCUCUGCUUGUCUGGUUGUGCCUGGGUGUGCUGCUAUGUAUGGUGUGUUUGCUUUAUCAUGUGAAAAAGAAGACGGCUUUGUAGUAAAAGUAAACCCUACCCUCUGGAGUUAACGUGGACCGUAUCACUGGUCUUCUU